GAAAAUUAGUUGAACUUACUCAGAAGCCAGUUCAUCAGCUCUUUGAUUACAUUUGUGGUGUUAGUACAGGUGCCAUAUUAGCUUUCAUGUUGGGGUUGUUUCAUAUGCCCUUGGAUGAAUGUGAGGAACUUUAUCGAAAAUUGGGAUCAGAUGUAUUUUCACAAAAUGUCAUUGUUGGAACAGUCAAAAUGAGUUGGAGCCAUGCAUUUUAUGACAGUCAAACAUGGGAAAACAUUCUUAAGGAUAGGAUGGGAUCUGCACUAAUGAUUGAAACAGCAAGAAACCCCACAUGUCCUAAGGUAGCUGCUGUAAGUACCAUAGUAAAUAGAGGGAUAACACCAAAAGCUUUUGUGUUCAGAAACUAUGGUCAUUUUCCUGGAAUCAACUCUCAUUAUUUGGGAGGCUGUCAGUACAAAAUGUGGCAGGCCAUUAGAGCCUCAUCUGCUGCUCCAGGCUACUUUGCAGAAUAUGCGUUGGGAAAUGAUCUUCAUCAAGAUGGAGGUUUGCUUCUGAAUAACCCUUCAGCAUUAGCUAUGCAUGAGUGUAAAUGUCUUUGGCCAGAUGUACCAUUAGAGUGCAUAGUAUCCUUGGGCACUGGACAUUAUGAGAGUGAUGUGAGAAACACGGUGACACACACAAGCCUGAAAACCAAACUUUCUAAUGCUAUCAACAGUGCUACAGAUACAGAAGAAGUCCAUAUAAUGGUUGAUGGCCUGUUACCUCCUGACACCUAUUUUAGAUUCAAUCCUGUAAUGUGUGAAAACAUACCUCUAGAUGAAAGUCGAAAUGAAAAGCUGGAUCAGCUGCAGUUGGAAGGGUUGAAAUACAUUGAAAGAAAUGAACAAAAAAAUGAAAAAAGUUGCAAAAAUAUUAAGUCAAGAAAAAACAACUCUGCAGAAAAUUAAUGAUUGGAUAAAAUUAAAAACGGACAUGUAUGAAGGCCUUCCA